AUGGAAGAAGAAAAUAAAAAAUUGAUAGUUAUAUCAAACAAGAUUUAAAUACGGAAGAAAAUAUUUGUAAAUAAUACUUUCUAAACUCUUGAAUAUCUAAACUAGAGAAAACAACUAUUAGCUGACCCUAAAAAUAUUUUUCUUUAACAAAAUCAUAAAAAAAUUUCAGGAAAUAUUAGCUUUUUGACUUAAUAACAAAAUUUUUUUUAUAUUAAUUCAAAAAAUUUGAAUAACACUCCUUUUUAAUUAGUGGUCAAACUAAAAUUAUUAUUAUUAAAUUAAUAUUUCUGCAUUUGCUGCAUAAGAAAAUCUUUGGCUUAGAAUAAAGAAUUAAUAUUUCAGAAAUAUUAAACAGAUUCUAUCGAAAAAAAAGCAUUGGCUAUUGAUCCUAUCAAAUGCAUAUUAUAAUAAAGGUGUUUAAUAUUCUAAAUAUAGGAUUUCCAGUUUGAAAAUUUAAGGGAAGGCUUAAGGUUUAAUCUUAAAAUAAAUGCAUGGUACAAUAAAGGUAUAAAAUAUUUAUUAAACAUAGGUUUAAUUUAAAUUCAAAAUUAGAAAUGCUUAAAAUCAAAAUUAAGCAAGAGGUGUUAGAAAUUCUAACUAUUUAUUAUUGAUUUUUAUUUUCAAAACCAAUUUUGAUUAAUGA